AUGAAAACUGAACUAAGAGGAAACAAUACCUCCAUUUCUCUUGAAAACCCUAGUCUCUUCAACAACCCUCAAUGCUCUAUCUCGGGUGCACUUAAAGGGUGUCUUGGUAGCCUUGAUGGAGCUUGUAUAGAGAAGCUUCUACUUCAUUGUGCUAGUGCCUUAGAGCACAAUGAUGGGACUUUGGCUCAACAAGUGAUGUGGGUGCUCAACAACGUUGCUUCUUUGGUUGGUGACCCUAACCAAAGGCUCGCUUCUUGGUUUCUUAGGGCACUUAUCUCGAGGGCAUCCAAGGUUUGUCCUACCGCGAUGAAUUUUGAUGGUAGCAGCACAAUUCUGAGGAGGCAUAUGUCUGUGACCGAGCUUGCGGUGUACGUUGAUCUAAUCCCUUGGCACAGGUUUGGAUUUUGUGCAUCAAACAGUGCCAUUUUUAAUGCAGUUGAAGGUUACUCUAAAGUUCAUAUCUUAGAUUUUAGCAUCACUCAUUGUAUGCAGUGGCCUACUCUUAUAGAUGCUUUAGCUAAAAGGCCUGAAGGGCCUCCUUCACUUAGGAUUACAGUUCCCUCCUGUAGGCCACCAGUCCCUCCUUUUCUUAAUGUAUCAUGUGAAGAAGUUGGUCUCCGUUUGAGCAAUUUCGCCAAGUUUAGGGAUGUUCCUUUUGAAUUCAAUGUGAUUGAUCAUGACCCAUUUUCUUUUACUUCAAGUGAAAUCAUGUCCAAAGAGUCUUCUCAUGACUUUCAUUUUGAGUUACUAUUGAAUCACUUGACUCCUUCAAUGCUAAACCUUAGAGAUGAUGAGGCCUUGGUGAUAAAUUUCCAAAACUGGUCUAGGUAUUUGUCCGAUGAGCAGAAGGGAAAUAGUGUUCAAGAUUCUUCCUUAAGAGAUGCUUUCCUUCGUACAGUAAAAGGUUUCAAUCCUUGUAUUGUAGUUGUUGUCGACGAAGAUUCUGAUUUAAGUGCACCAAGUCUCUCAUCUAGGAUCACUACUUGCUUCAAUUAUCUAUGGAUACCAUUCGAUGCUUUAGAAACUUUCUUGCCUAAAGAUAGUUGCCAAAGGAUCGAAUAUGAGUCCGAUAUUGGUCAUAAAAUCGAAAAUAUUAUCAGUUUUGAAGGGGUUCAAAGGAUAGAGAGGUUAGAAUCUGGGAUUAAAUUAGCACAAAGGAUGAAAAAUGCAGGGUUCUUAAGCGUUCCAUUCCGUGAAGACACAAUUGGUGAAGUUAGAUCCUUGCUAGAAGAACAUGCUGGUGGUUGGGGCAUGAAAAGGGAAGAAGAUCAUAUGUUGGUGCUCACAUGGAAGGGUCACAACUCAGUUUUUGCCACAGCUUGGGUCCCAAGUGGUUUACAGGACUAA